AUCAAUGAAACGUUUUCAAAAAGUGUUACAGUGGAAAGUCUGCUUCUUAUAAUUUGCCUGAAGAUCUUUAGAAAAUCAAAAUUUAAAACUUUUUUGCUUUUGCUACAUCAAGGUUAAUUGUCAGUGAUGAUAAUUGGAAUAUUUGUUGCUUGUCGUCCAGGCUAUAGAUGUUAGUUUAGGGGAAAUGUUCACAUAAAAUAUUGUGCUCCUCAAUUAGUUCGCUCUUUGUGGAAGCAGGAGGCCGAAAUUUUAAAAAAAUGUGUUUUCUUUUUAUAUUUUCAAAUGUAACUUCGUAUUUGAUUAACUCUUGAAAUUUUUAAGAUGAAUGAUGAGUUUAUGUUCCUAUAUAUUGAGAUAAUAAUUUAUUUAAUGCUGUGGAGAAAUAUACUUAUUAAAAACUGUCAUAUGAUUGUAUUAUGAAAAUUUUUCUUUUUAACAAAAGUUCUCGUAUUUGGGAUGAUUCUGAAUCAGAUAAUUCAUACAUUAUCAUUAGAGGUUAUAUGGAACUGUUUUUGAAAGGAACUUAUUUCUUCUGCUCAAAAUAAAGUUUAAAAUGUUAAGAUAAAGCAAAGGAGGAGGAGGAUGUGGUGGAGGGCGAGGAGAGUAGCGACGGUCCCCAGAGGAACGAGGUCCGUCCAGCCUCUCUAACAUGGUUUGGAAGAAGACACUCUUCCUUCUUCUGCUCGCCUACGUUCGAGGGUACGAGAGCGAGAAGCGAAUGGGUCCUGUGUUCAUUUCGGAGCCUCCUUCUCAAGUGGAUUUCCUGAACAUAACGGGAGCCUUCGUCGAUUGCCUAGCCUAUGGAAACCCUAGCCCUCGUGUGAGGUGGCGGCUACGUGAUGGCUCCCUUGCCGACAACGUGCCCGGACUUCGGCAGACCCUCCCCAAUGGCACACUCGUCCUAUGGCCAUUUCGACCCGAGCAAUACCGACAGGAUGUCCAUGCCGAUGUUUACCGAUGUGAAGCUGCCAAUGUUGUCGGUACAGUGCUCAGCAGGGAUGUCCACGUCAGGGGAGUGGUGAAACAGUACUAUGAGGUUCAGGUGUACGACGAGUACGUUAUCCGAGGGAACACCGCCGUGCUAACUUGUCACGUACCAAGUUUCGUGAAAGAUUACGUCACCGUCACAUCUUGGAUAAGGGAUGACGUGCUUACAGUCUCUUCUACUGUCCAGGAAGGUGGCCGUUACAGUGUCUUUCCAACAGGAGAACUGCACAUAAGAAAUGUCACUCCAGAUGAUGGAUCCAUUAGUUAUCGUUGCCAAACAAACCAUCGUCUGACAAAUGAGAUCAUUGUCAGCGCCACCUCCGGCCGACUCAUCGUUACAGAUUCCAGUGGUACAGUUCCUCCUCGGGUCACGGAUAGCAGGACAACCCUAACAGUGGUACAAGGUGACAUCGUAGAAUUGCCAUGUGCAGCUCAGGGUUUUCCCGUACCUAGAUACAGCUGGUACAGAUAUGCAGGAAGAAACAAUUCACAACUCCUUCCUGUCUAUCAAGAUCCUAGAAUGGCUCAGUUAAGUGGUUCCUUAAUAAUCAGACAAGUCACUUUAGAAGAUAGUGGAAAGUAUGUUUGUUUAAUAAGCAACAGCGCCGGAGAAGAAAGAACAGAUAUUCUAUUAAUUGUAACAGCUCAUUUAACAGCCCACAUCCAGCCACAACAGCAAACAAUUGACGUGGGGAGAUCUGCAAGAUUUAAUUGUUCUUUCACUGGUCACCCUGUAAGUGGUGUGACUUGGAUGAAGGAUGGGAAUCCACUCUAUGAAGAUGGUGUUCGCAUCCAUUUGUCAUCGAGGCUCAUUCUCUCCAUCGCAUCUGUUCAGAGGGAGGACAGCGGCAUGUACCAGUGCUUUGUCUUCAACGACAUUGAGUCCUCUCAGGGAACUGCUCAGCUUUUACUGGGAGAUGCUGCACCGGUCUUUCACUAUGUGUUCUCGGAGGAGACAUUGCAGCCUGGACCAUUCCUAUCUCUGAAAUGUGUGGCCUCUGGCAAUCCACUGCCUCAAAUAACAUGGACACUUGACGGUUCUCUUCUGCCAGAGGACCAGCGAUUUCGAGUAGGGGAUUAUAUCACUAUGCAGGGGAGGGUGGUCAGUUACGUCAACAUCACAUCUGUUCGAAUCGAGGAUGGGGGAGAAUAUGAAUGCCACGCAAGGAGCACAGUGGGCAUUGUGAGCCAUGCAGCAAAACUAAACGUGUAUGGAUUGCCCUAUAUCCGUCCAAUGAAGGACGUGUCGGCCGUCGCAGGAGAGAGCCUCAUGCUUCGCUGUCACGUUGCAGGUUAUCCCAUUGACACAAUCACCUGGCAUAGAGGAAGUAGUAGGUUACCCAUCAAUCGUCGACAGGAAGUUUUUCCAAAUGGGACACUGAUCAUCCAAGAUGUCCAAAGAGGUGUGGACGACGGAACUUACAAAUGUAAAGCAUGGAAUAAACAAGGACAGAACGCUUAUGGAACAGUUCGGGUUCAUGUUAUGGUGAGGCCGGUUAUAGAUCCUUUUUCGUUUCCUAAAAAUCUUCAGGAGGGGAUGCGGUCCCGCCUUGUGUGUACCGUCAUCCAGGGGGACCCUCCGUUUGUCAUCAGCUGGAAAAGGGAUGAGAGACCGAUAGAACCUGGCCUAGGUGUCAUCAUUCGGAAUGAUGAGUUCUCUAGUGAUCUGACCUUCUCUAGCGUCACUCCUCGGCAUAAUGGCAACUACACCUGCAUCGUCAGUAAUGCAGCUGCUUCUGUUACGCAUACUGCCACCCUCGUUGUUGAUGUUCCUCCCCGAUGGCAUGUUGAACCUAAAGAUACUUCUGUUGUUUCUGGAAGAAACGUUCGAAUUGAUUGUUUAGCAGACGGUUUUCCUGCUCCUGUGAUAACAUGGGAGAGAGGCUCAGCCAAUUCUCCCCGCCACUAUUCUGCCAUUGCUAGUGGUCCCCAUUAUGAAGUGUAUGCCAAUGGUUCAUUGCUAAUAAAGAAUGCCCAAGACGAUGAUGCUGGGUAUUAUCUGUGCCAAGCCAGUAAUGGCAUUGCUUCUGGUCUUAGUAAAGUAGUCUUCCUAACUGUUCAUAUUCCGCCUCGCUUUGAUACCAAGUUCCGGAGUGAAACUGCUCGUAAGGGAGAUGUGGUGAGACUGAAGUGUGAAUCAACUGGAGAUCAUCCAAUGACAAUCGUCUGGAAUCUUGACAAGCAACCCCUCACUCCCACUGAAGAUACUCGGUAUGAAUUGAAGGAGCUGGUAGAUAAGAAGAAGCGCAUGUCCUCCGAAAUCACAAUCAAGUCUGCAGAGAGGAGGGACUCUGCAUUAUUCACGUGCCUUGUUAGAAAUGCUUUCGGCCAAGAUGACAUGAAUAUUCGUCUUAUAGUACAAGAACCGCCAGAGCCUCCACGAGAUGUCCGUGUCGUUGAGCAUAAGAGUCGCUCAGCCAAGAUCUCUUGGUCGUCUCCAUUCAAUGGAAAUAGUGCCAUUAUUAGAUAUUUAGUACAAUGCAAAUCUUCAGAUUCCGGUGAUUGGGGAAUCCAAAAUAUAACAACAGGAAGUGAAGACAUCACCCUGAGAGGUCUUCGUCCGGCAAGAGCCUAUUCUUGUAGAGUGAGAGCUGAAAAUUCCGUGGGUCUCGGAGAACCGAGUGAAACUAUAUCUGUUACAACUGCUGAAGAAGUUCCUGGAGGUCCUCCUUUAGAUGUGAAAGCAGAAGCAGUGGAUUCACAAUCUGUUCGAGUAACCUGGACGUCCCUGGGGAAGCACCAAGGGGCAUUAAAUGCCUGUCAACAACUUCUCAAAGCUUACACAUAUCUUGGAGUGCGCCCCCGCCUUCUUCCCUUCAUGGCAUCCUUCAAGGUUACAAAGUCCUCUUCCGACCUGCAGAGUCUCUUGCUGGUGAUGAAGAAUACGAAGAAAGAACUGUUUCAGAGCAAGAAAUUAAGUUAACAAAUUUACAUAAAUUUACUAAUUAUACUGUGAUAAUUAUGGCUUAUACUCAAAAAGGUUUUGGAGUUCGAAGUGAUGCAAUAUUUUGUUCUACUCUAGAGGAUGUUCCCGGAUCUCCUGCUGAUAUAAAAGCAGUUGUUAUGUCUUCAGAUACUAUUCUUGUUAGCUGGAAGCCUCCCCUGCAUUCCAAUGGUUUAGUUACAAAGUUCACAUUAUACUGGCGAAGUUUAGUAAGUGGUGCAAAGAAUGAAUCUGUUAUUCGUGUUCCCUCCAAUCAGUAUCAGUACAAAGUAUCAGGACUUCCAGACCGCUCCCGACAUGAAUUUUGGAUUACAGCUUCAACAGCAAGAGGAGAAGGGGAGCCAACUAGAGUUGUCUCACAAACCACAAGUAGUAGAGUUCCUGCUCGAAUCAUGGACUUUGGUGAAACGAUUCUUACUGUGCCUGGAGACAAGGUUAUCCUCAACUGCCAAGCUGUUGGAUCGCCUGUUCCAAAAAGAGAAUGGAAACUUAGGGGUGAGCCGCUGCCCAAAAUAAUGCACCGUAUAGAAGUUCAUUCUGAUGGAUCAUUAGUCAUAAGAAAACUCCAGGUUUCCGACAGUGGAAAUUAUUCUUGUCGUGUGCAGAAUCGUCAUGGUGUGGAUGAGAUACAUUAUGUUCUUGCUGUUACAGAGCCUGUUCCAUCUCAUGUUCCUGUGGUAAAAGUGAUUUCUUCCGCUGCCAAUUCUGUUCUAUUAGAACUUCCACAAUCGAAAGAAAGAAUUAUAGCAAGAGGUUAUGAGCUUCAUUACAAAGCAGAAGAUGGUGAGUGGCAGCAGAGACGGUUCCUUAGCAAAAACCACACCUACAGAUUAGAGGGGUUGGAGUGUGGCGUUAAAUAUCAACUUUACGUAGUUCCUCUAACCAGUGAGGGGAAGGGGGAGAGGAGUAAUCCUCUCUCAUUCAAGACACAAGGUUCUGUUCCUGUUGCUCCAAAGCAAGAUGAUAUGAUUUUUACGAAUGCAACUCACCUCGUAUUGCAUUUGUCGAGUUGGCAGGGCAACGGCUGUCCAAUCACACGUAUGAGCAUCGAGUACCGACCGCACAGUCACAGCAGGUGGACAAUGUUGACCGAUCACGUGAAUCCCGAGCAGCAGAAUCAACUUGUUGUGCCUGACCUGGCUGCUGAGACGUGGUAUGUUGUAAAAUUGACAGCCUACAAUGCUGCCGGUUCAACGACAGCAGAAUAUGAUGUCAUCACCUUAACAAAUGCCUUUCCUGACCAUGGGUCUCAAGGACAGCUACCCUCUGCAACCUCUUUCUUUGAAGAUACUACCACUCUUGUUUCUAUGGCAUCCUCUGGAGUUGUUUUAAUUGCGGGCAUUGUUGCUGUUGUUUGCCUUAUAAUGUACAAAAGGAGAAGGAACUCUGGACAUCACUACAGAGAAGCGAGGGCAGAUGUGUCAACCACAACGUCUUUGAUGGCUCACAUGGAUAAGAAGACAGGAAGAUCGUCUGAAGCCAGUAGACAACACAACAGUAGGGGUGGAGAUCUCCCCUCAUACUUCUCAUCCCCUGUCAGGAAAGUAGUUGCUCCGACAUCAGCACCUCCUCAGUCACGCCAGCAAUCAACAACAGCAGGUCCCUCUACCAGCCAUUCUUCACAUUCUGUUCCCGAGUAUGAAGAUGAAAUUGCACCCUAUGCAACCUUUCAACUUCCCCCUCCCCCUGGUGAAGAAGGUGAAACAGAAGAGUUCAAAACUUUCAGUGUUCACCAUGGAGAACCUCCUUAUUUAACAAAGGCCAGUUUAGAUCCACCGUCAAGUAAAAGUGGAAAAGCAAGUGAAGAACUCUAUCAGAGCCAAGCGCCCAAUAGUCAUAGUCUUACUUCAGGUUCUUCUAAUCAAGAGGAACUCCUCCGAGCUUAUGAGUAUGCUCGUCGCCACCCUCCUCCUCCUCUACACUACGACAACAACAGCAAUAAUCGCACAACCACUGAGUCAGAGGCUACCGACCCUGGCAUCCGACAGUUUAGUGGCACACCUCCGAAGCCCAACGAGAGAAGACAGGGUGCGUGCCUUACGCCUGGAACUCAAACCGGCCAAAACACUGAUACGAGUAGUAGUGCUUCGGAUGAGGCCACUCCUGUGAACACUCCCCACAGUGCAAGGAUCAUACCGUCUGGCUUUGGAGCCCUCCCCAGAGACAGAAGCAGAUCCUCAUGGGGAGGGCAGAAGGGUCGAACCCAAUCGAAUUCCAAGAAAUCAUCCGCCUCCUCAAAAGGCAUCAAGAAAGGGCUUUCAAGCGACGAGAGUGACAGUGAAGGAACUAUUUAUACUUUCAGCAGAGCUGACACUGUUGCUCUUCGUGGCGAACAGACGAGCGAAGUGGAGUGUGACAGAGAAAAAAUAGGCCGAGGUUUUCCACGUCGACCCCCUCAACGGUCUCAAGUGAAAUCGGACAUUAUUGAUUGCUGACAAAACGCUCCCUCCACAUUGGAGAGAGAAAAGAAGGGAGACCGUCCGGCGAACUCCUUCCGUAGGCCACACACCCUGAUGUGGGUUUUUAUAGGUGCAGUGGCAUGGAAAUCCAGUAGCUUAAACCACCUAUUCUGUUACUGUGUGAAAACAAAUACAUCUAUUCUGUUGUAAUUAAAUUUAUAUUAUUAAAGUUUUACAGAAAA